AUGGUGGUUGGAAUCGAGCCACUUAUUCCGCAACUGGGUGCGCUCCUAACAGGGAGAGCAGCACUGGGAGAGCAGCACUGGGAGAGCAGCACUGGGAGAGCAGCACUGGGAGAGCAGCACUGGGAGAGCAGCACUGGGAGAGCAGCACUGGGAGAGCAGCACUGGGAGAGCAGCACUGGGAGAGCAGCACUGGGAGAGCAGCACUGGGAGAGCAGCACUGGGAGAGCAGCACUGGGAGAGCAGCACUGGGAGAGCAAAACUGGGAGAGCAGCACUGGGAGAGCAGCACUGGGAGAGCAGCACUGGGAGAGCAGCACUGGGAGAGCAGCACUGGGAGAGCAGCACUGGGAGAGCAGCACUGGGAGAGCAGCACUGGGAGAGCAGCACUGGGAGAGCAGCACUGGGAGAGCAGCACUGGGAGAGCAGCACUGGGAGAGAAGCACAGGGAGAGCGGCACUGGGAGAGCAGCACAGGGAGAGCAGCACUGGGAGAGCAAAACUGGGAGAGCAGCACUGGGAGAGCAGCACUGGGAGAGCAGCACUGGGAGAGCAGCACUGGGAGAGCAGCACUGGGAGAGCAGCACUGGGAGAGCAGCACUGGGAGAGCAGCACUGGGAGAGCAGCACUGGGAGAGCAGCACUGGGAGAGCAGCACUGGGAGAGCAGCACUGGGAGAGCAGCACUGGGAGAGCAGCACUGGGAGAGCAAAACUGGGAGAGCAGCACUGGGAGAGCAGCACUGGGAGAGCAGCACUGGGAGAGCAGCACUGGGAGAGCAGCACUGGGAGAGCAGCACUGGGAGAGCAGCACUGGGAGAGCAGCACUGGGAGAGCAGCACUGGGAGAGCAGCACUGGGAGAGCAGCACUGGGAGAGCAGCACUGGGAGAGCAGCACUGGGAGAGCAAAACCGGGAGAGCAGCACUGGGAGAGCAGCACUGGGAGAGCAGCACUGGGAGAGCAGCACUGGGAGAGCAGCACUGGGAGAGCAGCACUGGGAGAGCAGCACUGGGAGAGCAAAACUGGGAGAGCAGCACUGGGAGAGCAGCACUGGGAGAGCAGCACUGGGAGAGCAGCACUGGGAGAGCAGCACUGGGAGAGCAGCACUGGGAGAGCAGCACUGGGAGAGCAGCACUGGGAGAGCAGCACUGAGAGAGCAGAACAGGGAGAGCAGCACUGGGAGAGCAGCACUGGGAGAGCAGCACUGGGAGAGCAGCACUGGGAGAGCAGCACUGGGAGAGCAGCACUGGGAGAGCAGCACUGGGAGAGCAGCACUGGGAGAGCUGCACUGGGAGAGCAAAACUGGGAGAGCAGCACUGGGAGAGCAGCACUGGGAGAGCAGCACAGGGAGGGCAGCACUGGGAGAGCAGCACUGAGAGAGCAGCAAAGGGAGAGCAGCACUGGGAGAGCAGCACUGGGAGAGCAGCACUGGGAGAGCAGCACUGGGAGAGCAGCACUGGGAGAGCAGCACUGGGAGAGCAGCACUGGGAGAGCAGCACUGGGAGAGCAAAACUCACUGGGAGAGCAGCACUGGGAGAGCAGCACUGGGAGAGCAGCACUGGGAGAGCAGCACUGGGAGAGCAGCACUGGGAGAGCAGCACUGGGAGAGCAGCACUGGGAGAGCAGCACUGGGAGAGCAGCACUGGGAGAGCAGCACUGGGAGAGCAGCACUGGGAGAGCAGCACUGGGAGAGCAGCACUGGGAGAGCAGCACUGGGAGAGCAGCACUUGGAGAGAAGCACUGGGAGAGCAGCACUGGGAGAGCAGCACUGGGAGAGAAGCACAGGGAGAGCGGCACUGGGAGAGCAGCACAGGGAGAGCAGCACUGGGAGAGCAAAACUGGGAGAGCAGCACUGGGAGAGCAGCACUGGGAGAGCAGCACUGGGAGAGCAGCACUGGGAGAGCAGCACUGGGAGAGCAGCACUGGGAGAGCAGCACUGGGAGAGCAGCACUGGGAGAGCAGCACUGGGAGAGCAGCACUGGGAGAGCAGCACUGGGAGAGCAGCACUGGGAGAGCAAAACUGGGAGAGCAGCACUGGGAGAGCAGCACUGGGAGAGCAGCACUGGGAGAGCAGCACUGGGAGAGCAGCACUGGGAGAGCAGCACUGGGAGAGCAGCACUGGGAGAGCAGCACUGGGAGAGCAGCACUGGGAGAGCAGCACUGGGAGAGCAGCACUGGGAGAGCAGCACUGGGAGAGCAGCACUGGGAGAGCAGCACUGGGAGAGCAGCACUGGGAGAGCAGCACUGGGAGAGAAGCACAGGGAGAGCAGCACUGGGAGAGCAGCACUGGGAGAGCAGCACUGGGAGAGCAGCACUGGGAGAGCAAAACUGGGAGAGCAGCACUGGGAGAGCAGCACUGGGAGAGCAGCACUGGGAGAGCAGCACUGGGAGAGCAGCACUGGGAGAGCAGCACUGGGAGAGCAGCACUGGGAGAGCAGCACUGGGAGAGCAGCACUGGGAGAGCAGCACUGGGAGAGCAGCACUGGGAGAGCAGCACUGGGAGAGAAAAACUGGGAGAGCAGCACUGGGAGAGCAGCACUGGGAGAGCAGCACUGGGAGAGCAGCACUGGGAGAGCAGCACUGGGAGAGCAGCACUGGGAGAGCAGCACUGGGAGAGCAGCACUGGGAGAGCAGCACUGGGAGAGCGGCACUUGGAGAGCAGCACUGGGAGAGCAGCACUGGGAGAGCAGCACUGGGAGAGCAGCACUGGGAGAGCAGCACUGGGAGAGCAGCACUGGGAGAGCAAAACUGGGAGAGCAGCACUGGGAGAGCAGCACUGGGAGAGCAGCACUGGGAGAGCAGCACUGGGAGAGCAGCACUGGGAGAGCAGCACUGGGAGAGCAGCACUGGGAGAGCAGCACUGGGAGAGCAGCACUGGGAGAGCAGCACUGGGAGAGCAGCACUGGGAGAGCAGCACUGGGAGAGCAGCACUGGGAGAGCAGCACUGGGAGAGAAGCACAGGGAGAGCGGCACUGGGAGAGCAGCACAGGGAGAGCAGCACUGGGAGAGCAAAACUGGGAGAGCAGCACUGGGAGAGCAGCACUGGGAGAGCAGCACUGGGAGAGCAGCACUGGGAGAGCAGCACUGGGAGAGCAGCACUGGGAGAGCAGCACUGGGAGAGCAGCACUGGGAGAGCAGCACUGGGAGAGCAGCACUGGGAGAGCAGCACUGGGAGAGCAGCACUGGGAGAGCAGCACUGGGAGAGCAGCACUGGGAGAGCAGCACUGGGAGAGAAGCACAGGGAGAGCGGCACUGGGAGAGCAGCACAGGGAGAGCAGCACUGGGAGAGCAAAACUGGGAGAGCAGCACUGGGAGAGCAGCACUGGGAGAGCAGCACUGGGAGAGCAGCACUGGGAGAGCAGCACUGGGAGAGCAGCACUGGGAGAGCAGCACUGGGAGAGCAGCACUGGGAGAGCAGCACUGGGAGAGCAGCACUGGGAGAGCAGCACUGGGAGAGCAGCACUGGGAGAGCAGCACUGGGAGAGCAGUACAGGGAGAGCAGCACUGGGAGAGCAGCACUGGGAGAGCAGCACUGGGAGAGCAGCACUGGGAGAGCAGCACUGGGAGAGCAGCACUGGGAGAGCAGCACUGGGAGAGCAAAACUGGGAGAGCAGCACUGGGAGAGCAGCACUGGGAGAGCAGCACUGGGAGAGCAGCACUGGGAGAGCAGCACUGGGAGAGCAGCACUGGGAGAGCAGCACUGGGAGAGCAGCACUGGGAGAGCAGCACUGGGAGAGCAGCACUGGGAGAGCAGCACUGGGAGAGCAGCACUGGGAGAGCAGCACUGGGAGAGCAAAACUGGGAGAGCAGCACUGGGAGAGCAGCACUGGGAGAGCAGCACUGGGAGAGCAGCACCGGGAGAGCAGCACUGGGAGCGCAGCACGGGGAGAGCAGCACUGGGAGAGCAAAACUGGGAGAGCAGCACUGGGAGAGCAGCACUGGGAGAGCAGCACUGGGAGAGCAGCACUGGGAGAGCAGCACUGGGAGAGCAGCACUGGGAGAGCAGCACUGGGAGAGCAGCACUGGGAGAGCAGCACUGGGAGAGCAGCACUGGGAGAGCAGCACUGGGAGAGCAGCACUGGGAGAGCAGCACUGGGAGAGCAGCACUGGGAGAGCAGCACUGGGAGAGCAGCACUGGGAGAGCAGCACUGGGAGAGCAGCACUGGGAGAGCAGCACUGGGAGAGCAAAACUGGGAGAGCAGCACUGGGAGAGCAGCACUGGGAGAGCAGCACUGGGAGAGCAGCACUGGGAGAGCAGCACAGGGAGGGCAGCACUGGGAGAGCAGCACUGAGAGAGCAGCAAAGGGAGAGCAGCACUGGGAGAGCAGCACUGGGAGAGCAGCACUGGGAGAGCAGCACUGGGAGAGCAGCACUGGGAGAUCAGCAAUGGGAGAGCAGCACUGGGAGAGCAGCACUGGGAGAGCAAAACUGUGAGAGCAGCACUGGGAGAGCAGCACUGGGAGAGCAGCACUGGGAGAGCAGCACUGGGAGAGCAGCACUGGGAGAGCAGCACUGGGAGAGCAGCACUGGGAGAGCAGCACUGGGAGAGCAGCACUGGGAGAGCAGCACUGGGAGAGCAGCACUGGGAGAGCAGCACUGGGAGAGCAGCACUGGGAGAGCAGCACUGGGAGAGCAGCACUGGGAGAGCAGCACUGGGAGAGCAGCACUGGGAGAGCAGCACUGGGAGAGCAGCACUGGGAGAGCAGCACUGGGAGAGCAAAACUGGGAGAGCAGCACUGGGAGAGCAGCACUGGGAGAGCAGCACUGGGAGAGCAGCACUGGGAGAGCAGCACUGGGAGAGCAGCACUGGGAGAGCAGCACUGGGAGAGCAGCACUGGGAGAGCAGCACUGGGAGAGCAGCACUGGGAGAGCAGCACUGGGAGAGCAGCACUGGGAGAGCAGCACUGGGAGAGCAGCACUGGGAGAGCAGCACUGGGAGAGCAGCACUGGGAGAGCAGCACUGGGAGAGCAGCACUGGGAGAGCAGCACUGGGAGAGCAGCACUGGGAGAGCAGCACUGGGAGAGCAGCACUGGGAGAGCAGCACUGGGAGAGCAGCACUGGGAGAGCAGCACUGGGAGAGAAGCACAGGGAGAGCGGCACUGGGAGAGCAGCACAGGGAGAGCAGCACUGGGAGAGCAAAACUGGGAGAGCAGCACUGGGAGAGCAGCACUGGGAGAGCAGCACUGGGAGAGCAGCACUGGGAGAGCAGCACUGGGAGAGCAGCACUGGGAGAGCAGCACUGGGAGAGCAGCACUGGGAGAGCAGCACUGGGAGAGCAGCACUGGGAGAGCAGCACUGGGAGAGCAGCACUGGGAGAGCAAAACUGGGAGAGCAGCACUGGGAGAGCAGCACUGGGAGAGCAGCACUGGGAGAGCAGCACUGGGAGAGCAGCACUGGGAGAGCAGCACUGGGAGAGCAGCACUGGGAGAGCAGCACUGGGAGAGCAGCACUGGGAGAGCAGCACUGGGAGAGCAGCACUGGGAGAGCAGCACUGGGAGAGCAGCACUGGGAGAGCAGCACUGGGAGAGAAGCACAGGGAGAGCGGCACUGGGAGAGCAGCACAGGGAGAGCAGCACUGGGAGAGCAAAACUGGGAGAGCAGCACUGGGAGAGCAGCACUGGGAGAGCAGCACUGGGAGAGCAGCACUGGGAGAGCAGCACUGGGAGAGCAGCACUGGGAGAGCAGCACUGGGAGAGCAGCACUGGGAGAGCAGCACUGGGAGAGCAGCACUGGGAGAGCAGCACUGGGAGAGCAGCACUGGGAGAGCAGCACUGGGAGAGCAGCACUGGGAGAGCUGCACUGGGAGAGCAAAACUGGGAGAGCAGCACUGGGAGAGCAGCACUGGGAGAGCAGCACAGGGAGGGCAGCACUGGGAGAGCAGCACUGAGAGAGCAGCAAAGGGAGAGCAGCACUGGGAGAGCAGCACUGGGAGAGCAGCACUGGGAGAGCAGCACUGGGAGAGCAGCACUGGGAGAGCAGCACUGGGAGAGCAGCACUGGGAGAGCAGCACUGGGAGAGCAAAACUGUGAGAGCAGCACUGGGAGAGCAGCACUGGGAGAGCAGCACUGGGAGAGCAGCACUGGGAGAGCAGCACUGGGAGAGCAGCACUGGGAGAGCAGCACUGGGAGAGCAGCACUGGGAGAGCAGCACUGGGAGAGCAGCACUGGGAGAGCAGCACUGGGAGAGCAGCACUGGGAGAGCAGCACUGGGAGAGCAGCACUGGGAGAGCAGCACUGGGAGAGCAGCACUGGGAGAGCAGCACUGGGAGAGCAGCACUGGGAGAGCAGCACUGGGAGAGCAGCACUGGGAGAGCAGCACUGGGAGAGCAGCACUGGGAGAGCAGCACUGGGAGAGCAAAACUGGGAGAGCAGCACUGGGAGAGCAGCACUGGGAGAGCAGCACUGGGAGAGCAGCACUGGGAGAGCAGCACUGGGAGAGCAGCACUGGGAGAGCAGCACUGGGAGAGCAGCACUGGGAGAGCAGCACUGGGAGAGCAGCACUGGGAGAGCAGCACUGGGAGAGAAGCACAGGGAGAGCGGCACUGGGAGAGCAGCACAGGGAGAGCAGCACUGGGAGAGCAAAACUGGGAGAGCAGCACUGGGAGAGCAGCACUGGGAGAGCAGCACUGGGAGAGCAGCACUGGGAGAGCAGCACUGGGAGAGCAGCACUGGGAGAGCAGCACUGGGAGAGCAGCACUGGGAGAGCAGCACUGGGAGAGCAGCACUGGGAGAGCAGCACUGGGAGAGCAGCACUGGGAGAGCAGCACUGGGAGAGCAGCACUGGGAGAGCAGCACUGGGAGAGCAGCACUGGGAGAGCAGCACUGGGAGAGAAGCACAGGGAGAGCGGCACUGGGAGAGCAGCACAGGGAGAGCAGCACUGGGAGAGCAAAACUGGGAGAGCAGCACUGGGAGAGCAGCACUGGGAGAGCAGCACUGGGAGAGCAGCACUGGGAGAGCAGCACUGGGAGAGCAGCACUGGGAGAGCAGCACUGGGAGAGCAGCACUGGGAGAGCAGCACUGGGAGAGCAGCACUGGGAGAGCAGCACUGGGAGAGCAGCACUGGGAGCGCAGCACUGGGAGAGCAGCACUAGGAGAGCAAAACUGGGAGAGCAGCACUGGGAGAGCAGCACUGGGAGAGCAGCACUGGGAGAGCAGCACUGGGAGAGCAGCACUGGGAGAGCAGCACUGGGAGAGCAGCACUGGGAGAGCAGCACUGGGAGAGCAGCACUGGGAGAGCAGCACUGGGAGAGCAGCACUGGGAGAGCAGCACUGGGAGAGCAGAACUGGGGGAGCAAAACUGGGAGAGCAGCACUGGGAGAGCAGCACUGGGAGAGCAGCACUGGGAGAGCAGCACUGGGAGAGCAGCACUGGGAGCGCAGCACGGGGAGAGCAGCACUGGGAGAGCAAAACUGGGAGAGCAGCACUGGGAGAGCAGCACUGGGAGAGCAGCACUGGGAGAGCAGCACUGGGAGAGCAGCACUGGGAGAGCAGCACUGGGAGAGCAGCACUGGGAGAGCAGCACUGGGAGAGCAGCACUGGGAGAGCAGCACUGGGAGAGCAGCACUGGGAGAGCAGCACUGGGAGAGCAGCACUGGGAGAGCAGCACUGGGAGAGCAGCACUGGGAGAGCAGCACUGGGAGAGCAGCACUGGGAGAGCAGCACUGGGAGAGCAGCACUGGGAGAGCAAAACUGGGAGAGCAGCACUGGGAGAGCAGCACUGGGAGAGCAGCACUGGGAGAGCAGCACUGGGAGAGCAGCACAGGGAGGGCAGCACUGGGAGAGCAGCACUGA